UGUAAUUGUCCAUCUUUGUCUGAUUCAUGUUAAGCAAUCAGAUCAGACCCAUAAGAUAUAGGUAUAGAAUGUAAUCACAGAUAUAUUGUUUACCAUGGAAAGUGAAAAUAGUAAUAUACCUCUUGAAGAUUCAAAGGUAAUUGUAAGUGAAACAGAUGUUGAGAAGACAGAAGAAACUGAAAAUAAACUGAAUAGUGAUGAUUUAAAAGUAUCUGAAGAUAAUGAUAUUCCUGCAAAUUAUGAUCCAAAAGAUGUUUAUUAUGAGGGUGAAGUAGCCAUCUACAAGGAUCCUAAAUCAGGUUAUCAGUACAAAUGGGAUAAAGAGAAGAAUGAAUGGGUUAACCAUGUAAUUUAUGGCUUUGAAGAUGAUACCCACACAUACACUGAUUCAGAUGGAGUAACAUUUUUCUGGGAUAAAGACAAAAGUGCUUGGUUCCCAAAAAUUAAUGAUUUGUUUAUGGCUCAGUAUCAAAUGAAUUAUGGGUUUGUUGAUAACACAACAAAACCAGAACCUAAAAAAGCUGCAGAACCAAGCCCUGCUGCACCACCUAGUACAGAAGAAAAAAAGCCAGUGAAAAGGAAAGCUUCAGAGCCAGCUUGGUUUGAACCAGAAGAAAGAAAAAAUACUAAAGUCUAUGUAAGCAAUUUGCCUCUAGAUAUUACAGAAGAUGAAUUUGCAGAGCUGAUGCAAAAAUGUGGUAUAAUCAUGAGAGAUCCAGUAAGCAACAAACUUAAAAUCAAAUUGUAUACAGAACCUGGAAGUACUGAUCUUAAAGGUGAUGGUCUAUGCACAUACAUAAGGAUAGAGUCUGUAGAUUUGGCUUUGAAGCUUCUGGAUGGUUAUGAUUUCAAAGGUAAAGUAAUCAAAGUGGAGCAAGCUAAAUUUCAACUUAAAGGUCAAUAUGAUCCAAAAUUAAAACCAAAAUCAAAAAAGCGCAAGGACAAGGAUAAAUUAAAGAAGAAGCAGUCUCAGCUUUUUGAUUGGAGACCAGAGAAGAUGAGAGGCGAACGCGCAAAACAUGAAAAAAUUGUUAUCGUUAAGAACGUUUUUGAGUCUAAAAUGUUCGAUGAUGAUGUUGGCCUUAUAUUGGAGCUGCAGGAGGAUUUGAGGGAAGAAUGUAGCAAAUGCGGUGAAGUGAAGAAGGUUGUAAUCUUUGAUAGGCAUCCUGAGGGGGUUGCCCAAAUAAAUAUGACUGAACCAGAAAAUGCUGAUCAGUGUGUAGCUUUGCUAAAUGGUAGGUGGUUUGGCAAAAGGCAACUUUCUGCAGAGAUUUGGGAUGGCAAGACCAAAUUCAAAAUUGCUGAAACUGAUACUCAAAUCAAUGCAAGAAUAGAUAACUGGGAGAAGUUUCUUGAAGAAGAUGAUGAUAAAAAGGUUGUAUCAAAAUAAGUACUUUGUUGUUAGCAAUGUUAAAUCAUGUUUUUAUUUUAAAUAAUUGUAUAAAUAUAUGCUAUUAGUACAUUC